GAAAAAAAAAAAACAGUGGUCGAACAAAAAAUGAGGUGUAAUAGAAACCAGUGAAAUGUGCAAAAGUGUAAACGAAAACGGACUCGAUGGCUCGGCGGGAAAGGUUCAAAAAAAAAAUUUUAAGACCCGCAGAAGAACGCGUGGUGUUUACAAAAAUAUGUAUUUUAGAACUUUCUUGUUCACGUUUACUAUUUUAAGUUGUUUUAAUAGUAUUUUGUGUAAUGAAAAUGACGUUUUAACUUUACAAGAUAGUUUGGAUGUGAAAGACGUUGAUUUGCCGACGGAUCGAAGGAGGCCGGUUAACGAGCAGGAAAAAGAUAUAUUAUUACUCGGUGCUUUAGGCAGGAGAAAAGGAUCGUACCAUAAUGGCUAUGGAUCGUCGCAGGAAGAUGAUUCCAUUAUGGAUUUAUUGGGAAAGAUGAUACCCCAAACGUGCCGCUACCGCGGUGCCCGGUACCCCUGCGGUCUCAGUAUAUCUUGUGUGCUCGGUGGCGGUAAGCCCCUGGAUCUAUGCUCAGGCGGCAUGAUCUGGGCUUGCUGUGUGGAUCGGGAGACGACGGAGCGACCGACCGAGGUGGCACCUGUUGUGCAUAAUGCUAGUUGUGGAGAACAUUUCACCCGGUCUAACCGUAUUGUCGGUGGUCACUCAACCGGUUUCGGAUCUCACCCGUGGCAAGCCGCUCUCAUCAAGUCCGGUUUUCUGAGCAAGAAGCUGGCGUGUGGAGGUGCCCUUAUAUCUGAUAGAUGGGUGAUUACUGCGGCCCAUUGUGUUGCUACCACACCAAACAACCAGCUCCGAGUCCGUCUCGGCGAGUGGGACGUCCGGGACUCAGGCGAGAGAUACUCGCACGAAGAGUUCGCGGUACAACGCAAGGAGGUACACCCGUCGUACGAGCCGGCCGACUUCAGGAACGAUGUGGCGCUCGUGCAACUCGACAGGACUGUCGUCUUUAAGCAGCAUAUACUACCCGUAUGUCUACCACAGAAGCAAAUGAAGUUAGCUGGCAAAAUGGCGACCGUCGCCGGCUGGGGAAGAACGAGACACGGACAAAGUUCUGUGCCUUCAGUGUUACAGGAGGUAGAUGUAGAAGUAAUACCGAAUGAACGUUGUCAGCGUUGGUUCCGCGCGGCCGGGAGACGCGAGACCAUACACGAUGUCUUCCUAUGUGCCGGGUAUAAAGAGGGUGGUCGAGACUCCUGCCAAGGCGACAGCGGAGGACCACUCACAAUGAAGCUGGAAGGGCGAAGCACCCUCAUAGGCCUGGUGUCUUGGGGCAUCGGCUGCGGCCGCGAACACCUGCCUGGGGUCUACACGAAUAUACAGAAAUUCGUGCCCUGGAUAGAUAAACUUGUCAACCCUUAGAUAGAGUUUAUUUGUGGUUCCGCGGUUUUUUUGUGGUUGAAUACAAAAAUAACCUUUAUGAGGUAAAAUUCAUCAAAAAUUGAUCAGGUUUUAAAACCUGGAAGAGAAAACAGAAUGAUAAAUACAGAGUUAGUUUCAAAAAAAUUAAAAAGUUAAGCCCACGAUAGUCUUUGUGACAACAAAAAAAAACAGAUAAAUUCAAGAGUUUACAUUAAGUAACUUUUAUCACAGUUAAAAAGUUAUUGAACCAUAAAAAGAGAACCGCGAAGAAGAACAUCGAAAUUAGAAAAAAAAAAUACUCAGAGUCGACUAAAAUGUGUGCCUUGAAUAGACAAACAACAAAAUACAUAACUUAUAAUAAAUGUAAAUAUACAUAAAUUAUUUUUCAUAAGACAACGAAGGUUUCAAGUUAAUAGUUUUCGAAGACUUUUUACCACUUUUUCCAGGUAAAGAAACAUAAACCAAUUCAUCUCAGAAAACUUAAACAUGAAUACUCAUAAUUUUCACCUAAUUAUUCUUAUCGUUAAAUCAUUCAUGAUGUCAUAACAUACAUUUUUCAUUAUCAUCACUGAUAGAAUUUCCAAAAUAUCCCAAAGUAAAUAAA